AUGGCCAUCAAGUUCAAGAUUGACAAGCCUCGGCCCAAGCCUCUGCCCACUGCAGACGAAGCAUAUGUUGUAUGGGUUGCAGGAGUUGCCAGUUUCGUUUUCGGUUACUACGGGAAUGCGCUCUCCAGUUCCUUUGCGCAACCAACCUUUAUCGCAAAGUUCUUGGGUGGCAAAAAUGCGGCUGGGCUCACAGAUGCCAUGCUGGGAACAACCCAGGGUGGUGGUGCCAUUGGCGCAGUUAUUUCUGCUCCGCUUUCCAACCGUUAUGGACGUCGUAUGACCACUAUUGCUGCUGCUGUUGCCACUGUUAUCAGCAGCGCCUUGGCUGCUGGUAGUGUCAAUGUUGCCAUGUUCCUUGUUGCUCGUGUCCUUGGUGCGAUCUCCACAGGCAUUCUCAUGACCAACACGCCGGUCUACAUGAGUGAAGUUGCACCACCACAUGCUCGAGGCUUUCUGGCUAGUGCGCAUCCUAUCAGCGUUAUUAUUGGCCUUAUCGUCUCGUCCCUUGCCGGGCUUGGGCUCAGCUUCCUGGACAAGCCCUACCAAUGGCGGCUUCAGUAUGUGUUUCUCACAUUCUGGGCGUUCGUCCUUUGUGGCGCAGUGCUGUUCAUUCCUGAAUCACCUCGCUGGCUGAUCAAACAAGGAAGACGUGAUGAGGCCUGGGGAAUCCUUCAAAAGCUACACAGAUCCAAGCACGACCCUGACGCCAAACUGGCUCAUGCCGAGUUCGUCCAGAUAAAGGCACAAAUCGAACUUGAGGAACCUCUGCCAAAAGGCUACGCAUACAUCUUCCGCACUCCACAUCUCCGCAAGCGCGCUUACUGUUCGAUCAUCAUCUUCGUUCAGACAGUGGCAACCGGCAACGUCGUUAUUGCAUACUUUUUGGCCGUUAUCUUCUCCACGCUGGGAAUGGGUACUACGUUGCAACUAGGCCUCUCGACAGUCUACCUCACGGUCGCAAUGCUGGGAGGCUGGGUCAACAGUUUCAUCAUGGACAAGGUUGGCCGAGUUCGGCUUCUGACUGCUGGAGGCUACGCCACCUGUUGCCUUUUAUCUAUCGAAGCCGCUCUUCAGAGGUACUAUGUCAACUCAGGAAACACAGCUGGGUUGAGGGCUUGUCUUGUUUUCAUCUUUAUUUUCAUCGCGGUCUACGGCUGCCUGAUUGAUUGUAUUGGCUACGUCUACUCCAGUGAGAUCUGGCCUACCCAUUUGCGCAGCCACGGAACAACGAUCGCGUUGACGUCUUAUUUCCUCAAUGCACUGGCACUGUCAACCCCCGCCUCAUCUGCGUUUGACAGCAUUGGCUAUAAAUUCUAUCUGAUCUUUGUCGCAAUCAACUUUGUGUCUACGACUUUCAUUAUGCUAUACUUCCCAGAAACCGCCGGUUUGACGCUGGAGGAGAUCUCUGCGAAAUUCGGAGACAAAGUAGCCGUGGACUUGAAUACUGCGUACUUGCAGGAUGUAAGUACUACUAACGUUGAAUUCAACGACAAGACCUCAGUUCCGUCAGAGCACCGCGAAGAUAUGAGUGAGCUGCACAUAGCGAGCCAACGUCGGAUGAAGUGGCGAGAUCACAGCUAG